AUGGAACUGAAACACCAAAUUCCUGCGAAAGGCAUUAGGUCUCCCGAAGACAUUUGGUCUCCCUGGCAGACGGUGCCAGGAUGCGUCUCUGGCGGGGCUUCUUGCUCGGACGCGCCUCUGAGCUCUGCUGACCUGCAGAGAGAAGCCUCUCUUCGUAACCACAUGACUAAAGGCAAAUCUACACAGUCAGAGGUGACUCAAAGAAAAAGGAAAGAGAUGGCAGAGCAGAACCCAGAAGCACCUGGAACUGGCAAGACACCAGGGGAAGACCCCCAUCCCGCCAAAGCUGGGGAUAGUGUUGAAUUCUGGGAAAGCCCAGUGCCUGUUACGUGUUAUAAGCUCACCGCAAUCUCAGAUGUUAAUUGCCGACGCUUCCAACAAUUCCACUACCAUGAGGCCGAUGGGCCCCGAGAGGUUUGCAGCCAGCUCCAUGGACUUUGCAGCCACUGGCUGAAGCCGGAGAGGCACACCAAGAAGCAGAUCCUGGACCUGGUGAUCCUGGAGCAGUUCCUGACUCUCCUGCCCCAGGAAAUGCAGGGCUGGGUCAGAGGAUGUGGGCCGGAGACCAGUUCCCAGGCGGUGGCCCUGGCCGAAGGUUUCCUCCUGAGUCAGGCAGAGGAGAAGAGGCAGGCAGAACAGGUGAGGGGAUUCCCUCCAGAUGGGUCCAAUUCUAGCCUUAUCCUAAAGGUUCCCUGCCAGACAUCUGUCCAAGUGUUCAUCAUCCCAAUGGGAGGUUUCACGGCCUCCUUAGGCAGCUUCUACUAG